CAACAAUAUGUUCGCAGGCUCGGGCUGUGUGCGAGGAAACAUGAGCAGGGUGAAAUAUUCAGAGUCCCGGGCGGCGCGGCGCAGGCCGCUGGAUAAAGCGGAGGAGGAGGCGGCGGUCCGUGUGGUUUGCGCGCAGGCUCUCAGGACAGGAACAUGUGAGCAGGGAAUGGGCGACUGGAAACGGGAUUAUUGUUAUACACAGCAGAGAGACGCAGGAGGGGCCCGGGACAGGAGAGACGCGGGGACACUGUGACAAGUUCGAGGAGAUUUUUUCCUUCCCCCCCCCCCCAACUUUUUUCAAAAUUUCGCACAUCAGAGAAAUCAAGAGGACUUUCUGGCCAAAAGAUGAACACCAUCGUGUUUAACAAGCUGAGCAGCCAGGUCCUGUUUGAGGAGAAGGCGAAGGAGGUGGAAAUGAGCAGCAGAAAUUAUCUAGAAGUCAUCGACGGGCAACAUCCAGACCUCCUCUCCAGCAACCAGACCAUCAGAGACAGCCAGGCCAUCAGACACAGGCGCAACGGGGGUCGUCCCAGUGGCGGCAAAGUGCGACACAAGCGCCAGGCCCUGCAGGACAUGGCGCGGCCGCUCAAACAGUGGCUCUACAAGCACCGAGACAACCCCUACCCCACCAAGACAGAGAAAAUCCUGCUGGCCCUCGGCUCGCAAAUGACCCUGGUCCAGGUCUCCAACUGGUUCGCUAACGCCAGGAGGCGGCUGAAGAACACGGUGAGACAGCCGGACCUGAGCUGGGCGCUCAGGAUCAAACUCUACAACAAAUAUGUUCAGGGCAACGCAGAGCGGCUCAGCGUCAGCAGCGACGACAGCUGCUCAGAAGACGGAGACAACCCUCAGAGGACACAGAGCGGCCCCGCGGAGUUCACCAAGCCCAUGUACCAGAGUGUGAUCAAAAAGGAGGGCUCCUCCAUGGUGGGCAUGGCCAUGGGUAUGGGCAUGGGCAUGGGUAUGGGCAUGGGCAUGGGCAUGGGUAUGGGUGCAGGACUGCGCUCGGCCGCCGAAGCUGCCGCCUCACUGGCCGAGGACUACGUGUCUCCCCCCAAGUACAAGAGCAGCCUGCUGCACCGCUACCUGAACGACUCGCUGCGCCACGUCAUGGUGGCCAACGCCGUCAUGGACGCGCGCAAGAGGAACCACUCCGGCUCCUUCAGCUCCAACGAGUACGACGACGAGCUGCUCUCGCCGUCCUCCUCCGAGGCGGAGGCGAACUUUGUUUAUCGGGCUGAAACCACAGACCAUGGAUCAGGUAAAUGUGACAACGGCAGCGGUGGCGUCGGAGGUGCGCAGAAAGAGAGGGUGAAGGGCAAAGACGAGACGUACUGGAAGGAGAUCAAUGCCGCCAUGGCCUUGACCAACUUGGCGCAGGGGAAGGACAGUGCCUCCGGGACCACCAGCUGCAUCAUCCAGAAGUCCUCACAUAUAGCAGAGAUCAAAACUGUUAAAGUGCCGCUGGUGCAGAAAUAUUAGCCCUGGCGUCGCCCUCCCAUCUCUCUAUGCAAACCAGCAAACAUUUCUGUGUCAGCUAACUCGCCAGAGUCUAAAUAAACUCUCCCUGACAUGAAUAGAGAACUGUUCUUUGAGGAAAUGGAGUGUUUGAGGCGAGGAAGUGCGGAACACGAAGAGAACUUUCAUCCUUUUUGGUUGUUAUUGUGUCUAAAAAAUGUGCAAAAGAGGCCUUGACCAUCCUUUCAUUUGCUGGGUUUAAGUGUGACAGACAAGUGUUGGUGACAGCAUUUCCUAAGACAAGACACUUUUGUAAUGUUAACUUAUUUUUGGAAGAGUUUGGCGUUUUUUUGGGGGGUCAACACAAUGUGUAUUUUGCCAAAGUGCCUUUGUCAUUUAGACAAACAACUCACCGACUGUGGCCAAUGCAAAGUACAGCGCCUGACAUGCCUGUUUGAAAUUUGUGAAAAAAUAUUAAUGUCACAGUCAAGAUUGUGAAUGGAAACGCACCACGACAGCUUGUGCCUUAAGAACUGAAUGAGCUCACCAUCGGAGGCACUGGUGAACUCAAAUAGCACACACAUACACACACACACACACACACACACAGAUACACACUAAAUGCCCUGCAUUCAUUCUCUGUUCUUGUUUUGACUGGAGUCUUCAUUUUGACUGUAAACUGAACACUGUUUUGUCUCAGUCAGCCUCUUGUUUCUGGCAGGCCAACAAUACUGUUGGAUGCAAACAGUAGAUAAGCUCGAACGUGAGCAGCAGGUCGAUAAGCAGCCAACAUUCUCCUCCUUGUCCACGUCUCAGCCUUGGACCUCGUCAGGCAGUGAGGGAAUCCUUUCUUAUCGUGGCUUUUAGUGACUGAAGUGUGCACAAAUGCCAAGCGGGGCCCAAAUGAAAUCACACUCGCCCACGCAGUGACACAGUUCUUCGUACAGUAUUUGUCCUAAUGGAAGAAUGCCAUGACCUAAAAAGGGAUGUUUUUGCUUUGGCGUAUCAGUUAUUUGUAGACCGUGUUGCUUUUGAACCUUUUUUUUCGUGCUCAGAACACGAUAUACCGGUGUGAAGAAAAGAAAAAAAAAAAGCCAUCACCAGCUCCCCCAGCCUUCUGAACCUCAGCCCUCUCAGCUGUUUAGCAUUACAUUCAAAUCGCAGUUUACAAGAAGCCAGAGGACUUUGAAAGUUUGACUUUCUCCCUCUCGCUUCUUUUUUUGUUUGUCUUCAGAAAUACAUUUCAGUAUUAUCUCUUUGUCGCCCGAGCGAGUGUUCAAAGUAUUUGUUGUUGUCAGUCUGUAUAUGUGUGGUCAUUUUGUUUUUGAUCAAAAACUUUGUACUUGGUUUUACUUAACCAUAAAGCAUUAAGAGCUUUUUUUUUAUUGUCAUCCGAUGGAAAGAAUCUUUUUUAUUGAAAGUACUUAUGUACGGUGCAUAUGGUAUACACGUUUGCGGCGAGGGAUGCCAAGUUCACAAACUGUUGGACUUAUGGGAGAAACUGAAGUUGGCUCUCUAUGCUGACUUUUUAAUUUUAUGUAUAUCUUCAAGGUACUGUUUAUGUGUGUCAAAAUGUACACUCCUUCAUAAAUUGUGCAGUUUUUAUUUUUAUUUUUUUGACAACCCAGACUGUGCUUAUGGUCAAGGACUUCGAGGGGGUGGGGAUGAAGCUGCACAGUAACAUUAUGACCUUUUUAUGUGUCUUGAAUGUGCAAACUGUUUAAAAAAAAAAAGCUGCACUUACAGUUUUUGGUUGGUUUCCAAUCAGAAAUCACAGCCUUCAUUGAGAAUUUAUGGAUUGAUGUGAUUUUACAUAAAGGUGAUGAGGAGGAGUAAAAGAAAUGAAGGACAAUGGCAUAUUAUUCCUGUUAGCGUGCCUAUGGAAUAAUAGUGAAAUGAAUCGCACUAGCCAAUCCCCAGGCAUUAUUUGCUUAUGCAGUGGGGGUUGCAGGCUCCCACAUGUGUUUUUUAUCCGGGGAAGGGUAGCUGCGGGGUAGUGCCGGGCCCGCUCCUUGUGUUUCUAAUCGCACCUCUGAACCUCUGGACCACUCACGACCCUCACACCUCACACGAUACCCGCUCACUGGGUAGGGACAGAGCGAGAGACGGAGGCUCCAGAGACGACAGAGCAGCCUUUGUUGUUCCUACCUGCAGUCUCUCCCCAACAAAGACACGACGAGUACUAACAGAGUGGUUUCUUGAGCCAAGAUUCUGUACAUGCAUUUCUUCAGCACAAACCCUGUUUUCACAACCGUGCUGACAAAUUGAAAGCAAAAAGGUGUGUAAUAAAACCUAUAAAUUAUUAUUACAAACUUUGUAAAAACAAAGAAAGUGGUGACCAUAGUUUGUUUUUUAUUGUUAAGUUAUAUAAAUUCAGAUUUUUCUUUUGUUUGUUUUGAUAGAGACUGGAUUUUCGAUCCAAUGACCAAAUGCAUAUCUCCUUGUAUUGUCCAAUUUGCUCUCAUGUAAAGUUUCUUUUAUAAAAAACAGUUGUUACUUGGUCAAGGCAAUGAAUAAACCUCAAAAUGAAAUUAAAA